AGAGAGCGGCCGUAUGAGGGUGUGUUUUUCUAUCACUGCAGCAUCAGAAGAGAGGAGAGUGGCACAAUCAAUUUCAUAGAGAAGAGGAAGAAAAGGCACAAGUAGAUAAGGAAAAGAGGGGAAAAACAGACGCAAGGAGUUGCCAGAGGGAAGGAACAUCUCUGAGAAGAGGGGAAACCAGCAGGAGGGCGUGGACCUGACUUAUAGAAGAGAGCAAAAGGAAAGAGAAGAAAAAAAAGUAAAAAGACGAGGAACGUAAAAGGCAAAGUCGAGGCCUCCUGGAAAAGAAACAAAGUCUUGCACUUGCUCUGCACGAGUGUGUGUGUGUGUGUGUGCCCUCUGUGUGCGUUUUACUGUACGUGUGUGUGAGCAGGUGGGACUUUGAUGGGACAGUGAGCAAUGCCUCACACGCAGCGACAGCAGGUUUGCAGUAGGGGGCAGUGCUCCUCUUGCCUACUCCCCCUCCUUCUCCUCCUCUCCCUUGCUGCCCAGCCCGGCCAAGCAGCCAUACACAUACCCUCCAACUACCACAUAAGUGAUCUGAAGAGGCCUCCGAUGAUCAUCACACAUCCGGAGUCUGUCACCGUCUUUAGUGUCGAAGACUUCGUCAUGAGCUGUGAAGCCUCCGGCAAUCCUCUACCCAUUUUCCGAUGGACAAAGGAUGGAGAAGAGUUUGACCCAGGCAGUGACCCAGAGCUGAAGGUUUCUGAGCGCCCUGGCUCAUUCGCAUUCUACACACUCAGUAAUUCUAUGGACAACCUGAAGCAGUACCAAGCCAAAUAUGUCUGCUAUGCAUCCAAUGAGCUGGGGACAGCCGUCUCUAACGAGGCCACAUUCACCACUGAUGUUCCCCCAUCCCAGCAGAAAGAAAAAAAGGUGAAUGUGAAGUCUGAAGAGGGAAACAGUAUCAUUCUGAAGUGUAACCCCCCACAGAGCUCUAUGGAGCCUAUCAUUCACUGGAUGGACAGGAGUCUACGCCAUAUCCAGCUGAGUGAACGGGUGGUGGUGGGCAAGGACGGCAACCUAUACUUUGCCCAUCUGACAACUGAAGACAACAGGAAUGACUACACCUGCAAUGUCCAGUACCUGGCGACACGUACCAUUCUGGCAAAGGAACCCAUCACUCUGACUGUAAACCCCUCCAACUCUGUACUGCGGAACAGGAGGCCCCACAUGAUGAAACUUACUGGAAGCCACAGCACUUACCAUGCUCUCAGGGGCCAGACUGUGGAGCUUGAGUGCAUCGUCCAAGGCCUUCCAACUCCCAAAGUUUCGUGGCUGAAGAAGGAAGGCAAUUUGUCUGAAUCUCGGACCAUUAAAGAAAUGUUCAACCGCCGCCUGCGCAUCAGUAAUAUCUCAGAGAGUGACGGGGGCGACUACCAGUGUAUAGCUGAGAACUCCCAAGGGAAGGCCAGCCACACUUACACUGUGACUGUGGAAGCGGCUCCCUACUGGAUCAAGGAGCCACCCAGUCAGUUAUAUGCCCCAGGUGAGACAGUCAGGCUAGACUGCAUGGCAGACGGCAUCCCCUCUCCUACCAUCAGCUGGACGAUCAACGGGAUCCCCCUCUCAGCAACCGACAAGGACUCCAGACGUUCUCUGACAGCAAGUGGAUCUCUAAUCCUAAAGGAUGUCAACUUUGGAGACACUGCCAUCUACCAGUGCCAGGCCUCCAACAAACAUGGAACCAUUCUCAUCAACACCAAUGUCUACGUCAUUGAGCUGCCUCCCCAGAUCCUUACUGAGGAUGGGAAUACAUACACAGUGCCAGAGGGCAAGAAGGCUUUAUUGGAGUGUGAAACCUUUGGCUCUCCUAAACCUAAAGUCAUAUGGGAGAGCAGCAGCACCUCCUCCCUUCUGGCAGAUCCCAGAAUGAACCCGCUCACCAACGGAGUGCUUGAGAUCUCUAAUGUCACCCACGACGAUUCGGGCUUCUACACCUGCUCUGUACAGAACACCAACUUGUCUGUCAGUGUCGAACUGGAAGUGCUCAACAGGACAGUGAUCCUGUCACCUCCACAGAAUGUGAAGGUGCAGCGUGGAAACACAACAAUCUUCACUUGUCUGGCCAUGGUUGACCCUAAACUCGGCUCUCCACAUAUUCAGUGGAGAAAGAACGAUAAAAAGAUAUUUGACUCCCACAGUAAUGAAAAAUACACAGUUGAUGGACCAGAACUGAAAAUAACUAAUGUGGAAGCAGAUGAUGAGGCUGUGUACACCUGUCAGGUCAUCACUAAGCUUGACAUGGCUGAAGCCAGUGGCACUCUCACUAUAUGGGAUAGUCCAGACCCUCCUGUCCUCCUCCAGAUCACUGACCCUAAGCAUCGUGCAGUCACCCUCAGCUGGACUCCUGGAGAUGACCACAACAGCCCUGUGCUAGAGUAUGUGGUUGAGUUUGAGGACCAAGGUUCGAAGGAGAGAGUUUGGGAAGAGCUGAAGAGAGUAAUGGGAAACAAGGAGCGUGCUAGCCUAACUCUGUGGCCUUAUAUGUCCUACCGUUUUCGGGUCAUUGCCAUCAAUUAUGUGGGAAAAAGUGACCCUAGCAGGCCAUCUGAAAUCCACAACACACCUGCUGAAGCUCCAGACAAUAACCCGGAAGAUGUUAGGAGUGUAUCCGAAGACCCAGACACUCUGGUCAUCACCUGGGAGGAAAUGGACAAACGUAACUUCAAUGGACCUGACUUCAAGUAUCGGGUGUUCUGGAGGCGAGUAGUGGGCAGUGGGCCCAACUGGCACACCAACUACACAACCACAUCACCAUUCAUAGUCAAUGACAUAGGCCACUUUUCUGCCUUCGAGAUCAAAGUUCAGGCUGUCAAUGGGAAAGGGGAUGGACCUGAGCCAGACCCAGUCAUUGGCUACUCAGGAGAAAAUGUUCCAUUGGAGGCUCCAAUGAAUGUCGGUAUUGAACUAAUAAACAGCACUACCAUCAGAGUGAACUGGAGGGCAGUAGACAAAGAAACGGUCAGAGGACACCUGCUGGGAUACAAGGUCUACUUGACCAGAAUCGGCUCCAGGGGCCACCACCGAGGCCGGCGGUCCAGGGAGCCAGAGAGCACUGUGGUGGUGGAGACUGGGCCCAGCGAAGAGAAAAAAGUGAUCAGUGAUCUCAGACCAUACUCACACUACGACCUGGCUGUAACUGUAUUCAACAGCAAGGGAGAGGGACCCCGCUCUGAGACGCUGCCCUUCAGCACUGAUGAGGGAGUUCCUGGUCCUCCCAUGUCCCUGAUGCUGGACAGCCCAUCAGAGACAGAAAUGACCCUCCACUGGACGCCUCCUGGCCAGCCCAAUGGAGUCCUUAUUGGAUAUCUACUGCAGUACCAACAGAUUGUGGAGAGUGAUGACAGCCCCAUGCAGGUAGAGACAAUAGACGACCCCACAGUCAUCCACCUUACCCUGAAAGGCCUGGACCACAACAGCCACUAUCGCUUCUUCCUGAGGGGACGCACUGCUGAAGGGGACGGAGAGCCCAUCAUGAGGGAGGGUGCCACCACACUGGAUGGAGUGCCUCCUGCCGACAUCCACCUGUCUGUUGGGGAAAACUUUGUUAACCUCAGCUGGGUGGCCAAGAAGAGACACAGGAAUGUUAGCUUCCAGGUCCACUACCUCAACAAAAAUGAUGGCAGUAAAUGGAAGAAAACAGAGAAGGUGAACUCCUCUCAGUCUUUCUACCAGCUCCAGGGCCUGACUCCUGGCUCUCAUUAUCGUCUACUCUUCACCUACAGCAACACCACCUUCUUCAAGACUGAAAUCAAGACAGAAGGAACAGGAGUGACGGAGGUGCAGCCAAGCUUUGCAACGCAGGGCUGGUUCAUUGGUGUUGUGAGCGCCAUCGUGUUGCUGCUACUGAUACUGCUCAUCCUCUGUUUCAUCAAGAGGAGUAAAGGGGGAAAGUAUUCAGUGAAAGAUAAAGAAGAGGGUCCAAUGGACUCAGAAGCACGGCCCAUGAAGGAUGAGACUUUUGGAGAGUACAGUGACCUUGAGGAGAAGCGCACGGCCAGCCUGCCGUCCCUGGGCGAGGAGAGCAAGCUGUGCAGCGAGGACAACCUGGACUUCAACGGCAGCAGUGCCAUAACCACUGAGCUCAACAUGGAUGAGUCUCUGGUCAGCCAGUUCAGUCGGCCCAGCGAGGGUCCAGAGGCACUGCAUGGCCUGCCAGACAACUCCCUGCUUAACCCCACCAAUGGCAUGCCCAACUCAGUCACCAUCCUCGAUUAACCCCCACACAUCCACCUGGGGCCAUCAGACCAAAACAUGUCAACACAUAUGUGCCCAUACACUCCUGUUCCCUACUGACUUGCUGAUCUGUAGUUUAACGACUAAUACACAAUCAAUAUAUUGACUAUUCAGAUGUCCCUAGCAGUCAUCUGAACGACUAGACUGUUUUGACCAAAGGAGUGUCCAAAGUAGUGGACAAUGUGAUACAAGUUUGACUGACCUGAAGAUGUAUUUUGACCCCCCUUCAACCUCCUUUUAUCUGUGUAGUUUACAACAUAUCUUAAUGACUAACAUUCAUUUCUCUCCCUUUCUUCUCUUUCUUUCGCUCUGCAGACAACUCUAUAGAAAGAUAAAAACAGAAUGUCUUACAUGUAGAAAUAUCAGAGGGAUUGUAGGUAUGGUCAUAGAGAUGCAGAGUAGUGCAUUUAAAGAGGAGGAUGAUCAUGGUAGAGCCUAGUGUGGGGAAACAGGCAGCACAUGCUGCUGUUAAAAGUCUUAGAUAUUUAUCAUGCUUUAUAUUAUUUCGCACAUUUGUAUGUCUAAUGCCAUUUGAUGUCUCAGAUUGUACUUUCCAGUGCCAUUUUUAAUACAAAACAUCCUUUUUUGUUAUCUGCCAUUUUUAUUUAUAUAAUCAUUUUUUUCAUAUUGUUUUUUACACUAUUUAUAUAAAUAUUUCAAUCUCUUUAUUGAAAUAUUUCACAGAUCAAGACGUUUUAAUUGAAACUAAGUGAAGCCAAGUUUCUUACUAUAAAUAACAUUGUAUGCAUAUGGGGAACUUGCUGUGAACAUGCUGAGUAGCAUCUGGUGUAUAUAGCUGCAUCUACAUCUAUCUAUUUAGCCAUAAUACAGUAUUAUAGAUAUGUACAUGCUCCUUAUAAUUUCCUGUGCCUGCUGGGUCUGCAUAGAGCACCAGAUUGAUGUCAUUACUCUCUCGCCUUCCCACCAGAAGUGUAAUGUCAUUAUUGGAAAUGAUAUUGUAAUUUUUUGUGUCGAGACCUAUGUGUAGCUUUCUGUAUCUGUCUUUGUCUCUUUAUACACUGUAUUAAAAACAUUGUUGUCUCUAAUUAACAAUCUUUUCAUACCUGUCCAUCUCAUACUUGACAAACUGUUUGAGGAGCAGUAUUUAUGUAUAUUUACAGAUCAGAGAGUGGAGUCUUGUAGUUGAACACUCUCAUGUUUUAUUUUCAGACUCUCAUCAAUGCAAGUUGAUAUUGCAGACAGGCGUAAUGAUUGCCAGUUGAUGUAUAAUAAAGGCAAGCAGUUGGUAUUUACAUCAAACACAGAGAAUGUAUUCUUUUCAGAGCUGGGCAGACGUAUUUACAUGCUACUGAUUAAAAAGAAAAAUCUGAGCUACAA